AGAGGAACCAGAAACAUCUGCUUCUAUGGCAGAAGAACCAGUAUCUACUAUUCUAACAAGAGAGGAACCAGAAUCAACAGCUUCAACAGCAGAGGAACCAGUCUCAACUAUUCUACCAGGACAAGAACCAGAAUCAACUGUUUCAACAGCAGACGUCCCAGUAUCAACUGCUCUACCCGUUAAGGAACCAGAAAAAUCUGCUUCUAUGGCAGAGAAACCAGUAACAACUAUUCUACCAGGAGAAGAACCAGAAUCAGCUGUUCCCACAGCAGAAGAACCAAAAUCAACUGCUCUACCAGUUAAGGAACCAGAAACAUCUGCUUCUUUGGCAGAGGAACCGGUAUCAACAAUUCGACCAAAAGAAGAACUACAAUCAACUGUUUCAACAGAAAUAGAACCAAUAUCAACUGCUCUACCAGUAGAGGAACCAGAAACAUCUGCUUCUAUGUCAGAAGAACCAGUAUCAACAAAUCUACCAAGAGAAGAACCAGAAUCAACUGCUUCCACAGCAGAAGAACCAAAAUCAACUGCUCUACCAGGAGAAGAAUCAGUAUCAACUGCUCUACCCGUUAAGGAACCAGAAACAUCUGCUUCUAUGGCAGAGGAACCAGUAUCAACUAUUCUACCAAGAGAGGAAUCAACUGCUUCAACAGCAAAAGAACCUGUAUCAACUGCUUCAACAGCAGAAGAACCAAAAUCAACUGCUUCAACAGCAGAAGAACCAGAAUCAACUAUUCUACCAAGAGACGAAUCAACUGCUUCAACAGCAAAAGAACCUCCAUCAACUGCUUCAACAGCAGAAGAACCAGAAUCAACUGCUUCAAAAGCAGAAGAACCAGAAUCAACUGCUCUACCAGUUAAGGAACCAGAAACAUCUGCUUCUAUGGCAAAAGAACCGGUAUCAACGAUUCGACCAAAAGAAGAACUACAAUCAACUGUUUCAACAGAAAUAGAACCAAUAUCGACUGCUCUACCAGUAGAGGAACCAGAAACAUCUGCUUCUAUGCCAAAAGAACCAGUAUCAACAAAUCUACCAAAAGAAGAACCAGAAUCAACUGCUUCCACAGCAGAAGAACCAGAAUCAACUGCUCUACCAGGAGAAGAAUCAGUAUCAACUGCUCUACCCGUUAUGGAACCAGAAACAUCUGCUUCUAUGGCAGAGGAACCAAACCAGUAUCAACAAAUCUACCAAGAGAAGAACCACAAUCAACUGCUUCAACAGCAGAAGAACCAGAAUCAACUGCUCUACCAGGAGAAGAGCCAGUAUCAACUGCUCUACCCGUUAAGGAACCAGAAACAUCAGCUUCUAUGGCAGAGGAACCAGUAUCAACUGCUUUACCAGGAGAAGAACCAGAAUCAACUUUUUCAACAGCACAAGAACCAAUAUCAACUGCUCCACCAGUAG